UAUAAUACACAGUCAGUAGUCAGCAACCUGUCGUGAUCGUGCUAACUUGAAAUGCUUCUUCUCGCGGAUUUCAUUUUCUUGCUAUUAAUAAACUCGUCUAUGACAUCAACACCUGAAUCACCAAGCUACGAUGCCGGUGUUGUGGAAUUUAAUUACGGUAACAAUCGAAAUGUUGAGCCGAUAGCUUUGUUAGAGUCUAAUCUGAAUCAAUACUUGGAAAUCAUGACCGACGCACCAGCCAAUCUUGAUAUAAUCGUUUUCCCCGAAAUGACUUUAAAUCAAUUGGAGACGGCUGUUGAGAUACCAGAGGUUGAGCAACGAGUUUCACCGUGUGAUAGCGACACUUUCCCAACUGAAAAUGUUUUGAAACAAAUUUCGUGUGCUGCUAAGACGUUUAAACGUUAUGUUGUCGUCAAUAUGGUGACCAGAGCGAAGUGUCCUGAUGCCGACAUGAUCGCACAAAUGGAUCCGAGGAAAUGUGCGGAUCGGGAGGAUGGAUUCAGUUAUUACAAUACAAAUGUCGUGUUCGAUCGAAGCGGAACAGUCAUAUCGCGGUAUCGAAAGUUUAAUUUGUUCGGGGAGAGAGUGGAUAAGCCGUUCAAACCAUCACUUGCCUAUUUCGAUACCGAUUUUGGCGUUAGAUUCGGACAUUUUAUUUGCUUUGACUUGCAGUUCCGUUCUCCAGCCCUAGAACUGGUCAGAGAGCACAACAUCACCGACAUAGUGUUCUCAUCGAUGUGGUAUUCGGAGCUUCCAUUCCUGACGGCCGUUCAACUUCAGAAAUAUUGGGCUUAUUCAACCAAUGUUAAUCUAUUGGCGGCUGGAUCAAAUAAUCCACUCGUCGCAUCAACCGGAUCAGGAAUCUAUGCGGGACGAAAGGGAUCACUGAUUUCUGUUAUGGAAGGAGCGAAUACAUCAAAGUUGUACACAGCAACCGUUCCGAAACGAGGCCUCGGCGACUAUAUUGAAGUCAACGAACGAAUAGUCAGAUAUUCUAAGAAUGAAAUGGCAUCGUUGGAUCUGUGGCGGGAUCAGCUCGAACCGUAUUCAAUUUCUUUCCUUGAGGAUAAUGUGCAAAUGGAUGCAAAUUCAACGCACUCAUUGGAACGGUGUAAUGGAGACCUUUGUUGCACAUUUCUUUACAGCAUUGAAACAAUUACCGCAUUUGUGCCACAUUAUAGAUACGCUUUUGCGGUUUAUCAUGGUAAGAGAACAUUUAGCGGUUUGGCCGAUGGCGGUAUUGUAGUAUGUGCAGUUAUUGCGUGCCAAUCCGAUGAUGUAGCAACAUGUGGCACCAGAAACGAAACUCUUGAGUUCGCACAUCAUUUCCAUAAAUUGGAGAUUUUCGGUACGUUUCCUUCUGGCGAUCAGUACAACUACAUGCCAAACACGUUGGACUCAUCAAUUAUGCCUCUGGGAGUGAACGAAAUGUUUUUCGAACAAACAGUCGGUUCCGCAGAGACAAACAUUAAAAUAAGUUUUCACAAUAGUUCAAGACAGGACCUUUACACGUUUGGAAUUUACGGACGAGACUUUAGUUUGGAUGUUGGAUCAACUGCAUAUGUUAUACGAAUACACUGGGUGUUCAUUGUUGGAUUUGUUACGUUGUUGUUAGGAUAGUUCUUAAUCUUAAACAUUUUCACACCCAGAUUGAGCGAUCAGUGCCCCACGGCACUUUGAUGCCAUAUUAUUUACACUAACCGAAACGCAAGACAUUUCUACUUUUGAGCCCUAGAAAGGUCUAACGAGGGUAUUUCAAGUUUUAAAAAAAUCAUUUGGGAGCAAUACGGUCAUUUCGACACCAAUUUCGAUUACAUACGUUGUAUGAUGGCCGUGAUAUGCACAAACUCUUUAUACUGUUCUUCUAGAACUCAAAUGUCGGAGGAGAAAUGUUUUACUUGCACCCAAGGGGCACACCGUUGACACUUGCGAUAAUUUUCAUUUUGGCAGGACUUCGCAAGCAAAAUAGCUUCCGUAAUUGUUUGGAGAUUGUUAUUUUGUCACGAGGGAUUUUUGUUCUCUCCUUCGGCUCUGCCUACAAACCUCCCUCUCGG